AUGAAUUCGGAUACCGAGUUCUUUGACGCCGACGCAAUGUCUGACUCAAUUGGAGUAAACAAAGAUCCAGACUCUUCUUACCAUUCUCCACAACUGGUAUUGUCACCGGAAGAAUCAUCCUAUUUGGAAAGUUACAAUAAUCAUCCCCUAUCAAAAGAAGAACUUGUACUACCUGAUUCUCAUAUCAGGGGUAAACACCAUAUGAAGUCUGUUCCAAAUUUAUGUUUAGUUCUUCCAUGCACACUUUCCAAUGACGAUUUUAACGAAAUUUGUAGAGCUGCCUAUGGACUUUAUCAUAAGUUUAAAAAGAGCAAAGAAGAUCUGCCACAGAUGAAGGUGGAAUUGUCAGCAAAUGUAGAGAUGGAAGACGACGACCUAGCAGUAGGCAGCUCACUCCGGAACCGUCUUGAAAAAGAAAUCAAGAAUGAUCUGUCGACAACAAAUAAUCCUCACCUGGAACUAAUUUCCUUCUUGGAAGGAAAGUGCAAACGAAUGAGAAGGAUCGUUCGCCUGUUCAAAUCACAACGACAUAUACAAAAGUUGCGGCCGAUCGAUGCACAACAACAUUGGAACACCGAAAAAAUGACAAGAGAAGAACAUGAUAAGAGAUUCACGAGGUGGGAUGCUGCUAUGGCAGAAGCAUGUGCAGAUGAUGCGGAGGAGAAAUUGGCGGUUUUAGAAGAAGGUGGUUUUGUUGGUAUCAGAGGCGACGAAGCCGAAUUCUGCUGGGAAAUGUGUUCGGGUUUGGAAAACAAAGUCAAUAAACUUUUGGAGUAUAAUCUGGAUGAGAUCAUUGAAGAUAAAUUUUAUUAUGGACGAUUCUCUUUAGCUGAUGUUCUGGAGAUGAAGAGUGUAGACAACGAUAAGUUCUUCGAAAAGAAACUAACUCUUCCGAAGGGAACAUUAUAUCGUCAAUUAUUGCUCAAUUUGUCUGGAUUGGCAUACUAUGACGUGGUAGGGGAUUUUUGGGAUAGUGACAAGUUGAACGACAGGGAAGUAGAGAAACGACUUUUCAAGGGAAUACCUUUUGAUCACCAAGGAAAUCCAUUCAAUAACGAAAGGCGACAUUUGGAGGACAAUCAUCAGAAUGUACCUAGUAACUUCUAA